AUGCUUGUUUUGGACCCACACAAGGGGUUCCUGUUUGUUCCUAGCCAACAUACGAGCCGGGAAAAGGUCCACAGCAACGGCUUUGACCAGCUUAAUUGGGAUGAGCACUUGCCGGUUGAGGAGUCUGAUACUACUCCAGAGACCGAUACUCAUCGGGAGGAAGACGGUCUGAGCCCUAGAAAGCUUUCAAGAAAGAUGCGUAAGGAAUUGAAACAGCAGAAGAAGGCAAGCGCCCGGAAACUCAGGAACGCCAGAAACGAGGUUGCUGAGACUUUCACUGAUCAAGACUUCAACGAGUACACAGCGAAGCAUCAAAUCAAAAAGAUCCACGACAAGAUCUUGAAGAAGAAAACUCUGUCUGACCCCACGGACUUCAAGGUGCUCCAUUAUGAGUCGAUUGCUUUUUUCAAGUCUGACGUGGAUUAUCUUGUGCCUGGGGAGUGGCUCAAUGAUAACAAUAUUGCGCUCGUGUAUGAGUUGCUCACGCAUUUGUUUUUGAAAGAAGCGCCCUUCGGCCACCAAAUCCUUUUACUUUAUCCUUCGCUCGUUCAAUUGUUCUUGCACUACCCUGUAGUGGAAGAGGUUCUGUCGAUCUUGCCUCAGAAGGAGUUGGCCAAAGCAAAGUUCUUGUUCAUUCCUUUUAAUUUCAUUGAAAGCACCAUUGACUUGGAGAACGCCAACAACGGAGAUCAUUGGGCAUUGUGUGUUUUGAGCAUCAUGGAGAAACGAUUGUACGUUUUCGACUCGAUGUCUUCUGAGGACGAUCACGAAGGAGAAGAGCUUCUUGGCCAACUUGCCAAGCGUCUCCAGACUGCCAUAUUUAAACCCACCGAUACACUCAACGUUAUGAAGAUGCCAUGCGACCAGCAGGAUAACUUUGACGAUUGCGGUGUUUUUUGCAUAAUGUUUACCGUGUACCUUGUGUCACAGUUAAUCUCCGAAGAGCCCUUUGAAGUUGACGUUAGAAACGUUAUUUUCAACGCACUCAGUGGGCGCUUGUUUAUGAUGGAGUUGGUGUACAAGCUUUCACAAGGAUAUUGA